AUGGAUGAACAUGAGGAAGAAAAGCCUUCGAAUACAGAUUCAGAACCUUAUUCUAAAAUUUUAGUGUUUAUAAUUGUCGGUAAAGAUGAUAAACCUCUCCUCAUUGAGGACCUUUCAACACCCGGUAGAAGGUCAGACCCUCCUCACCUCUCAUCUUUUGUGGCUCACCAAUCUCUCGAUGUUAUUGAAGAUCUAGUUUGGAACAAUCCUAACUUGUUUUUGAAACAGGUUGACGCAUUUGAUUUUUUAUCUGUUUCCGCCUACGUUACCUGCUCGCACGCCAACUUUCUACUUGUUACUCGCUCACAUAACCCUGGUUCAAACGAUUUUGUAAUAUAUUCGUCCAACACGAGUCCUGUGGAUCCUCAGCCUCCUUCCUCUGAUAACAUUCGGUAUUUUUUCAGGGAAGUUCAUGAACUGUACUCCAAACAGCUCAUGAAUCCCCUAUACGUCUUUAAUACUAGCCUUGAUUCGAGUAAUUUUAAAAGUAAAGUUCACCAGGCUGCUAAAAAAUACUUAAUCUGA